GAAACUGACUUUGUUGUCGCUAAGAAGGCAUUAGGCGCGCGAGUCGCCCUCAGUUCACGAGCUUCCUGACCGGGCGCUCCGAAUUAAAGGCUCCGAUCCUCCAGGAGAUAUUUUGGAAUCAGCAGAAGGUUCCCCCGUACAGGAUGUGCGGCAUGGAUGCUGACCUGGCUGAUGAAGAGGAAGGUGAAAGGGAGCUGGAGGAUGAGUUUGCAGUGGGGGAGGCUGUGCGGAUGCUGUCCCCACCCAUGGCGCACUGUGACGGGGCCGUGUGGGGGUCCCGGAGGGGCCCAUGGGGCUGCGUGCUGUGGGGCUCGGUGCUGGUGUUGUGGAACCUGGUACUGGUACUGGCUGGAGUGCUGCUCCUGGCCACCAUUUUCACCCUGGUGCUGAUGCCAGCCAUGCUGCUGCUCUACGUCGGCUUCCUCUGCCACUCACGCGUACUCGCUUCUCCUGCCCCUAUCUGCCAUUACCUUGACGACAAUAGCUGCUCUGCCCUCAUCAUCUUAGGGUUUGUGAUGAUGUCACCUUUAGUUGUAGUUGCCGCUGCAACCUUCUGUGGCCUGCUCAGACGUUUCCGCCUCCUCCUGCUCUUUCAGCCAAUUACAGGAGCUUGGUACCGAGGGCAGGGUUUAGGAUGGAGGCGGGAUGUCCAUGCCUGGGUGUGACUGACACACAGGCAGUUUCAUCUCAUGCAGAAGCUGCCCUGGGUCAGUUGAUCCCGGAGCAGUUUUUUUUGCCUAAAUCCAAACCUGAUGCACAUGACCUACUAAAGCCCCAUACUGACCCUCCAUCAGCCACUGAAGACAACUUCUGCCAGCACUAUCAGAUCCUCUUCGUAACCCUGGGGUUUGAGCUCACACUGCAGAGAUACUGUAUUAGAGACCAUAAAGAAAUUUGGGAAGUUAAAGCAGAAAGUGUUUCCAUUGUUGCUUCUGGUCAACAAAGGGUUACAGCAAUGGAGCAGGAAUUUAAGCCUCAGGGCUCAUUGUGUGAUGUCACAGGUGUAUGUGAUUAAAUAUACUGUAAGAAAUGUUGUUGUGCUUUAUUAAGUUUACUCGCAUAUUGCUGGCAUCUAGUCAGGUCACUCAUUACAAGGCUUGCUAUAGCACAGAAGCAGGAAUUAACCUCUGCCAAUAAGCAGAAUUUUUUAUUAAGAAUUUUCUUAACAUUUUGACUUUCAGCCUUUUAUUUAUUUUGCUUAAGAUAUAUUUACAGAUGCAGUUAUACAAACAGAAACUUAUAUACAAAACAUGCAGAGUACAUGCUCAAAAUGAUACAAACACACACACACACACACACACACACACACACGCAUGCACGCG